CCAUUGCUGCCCCGCGGGGAGCUGUGCUCGGCGGGCGGCGGGUGGAGGAAGCGGAGGUUCCGCGACCGCCGCCUCCCCGGACUGGAGCGGGGCACUGCGCUGCCUUCCUGCCUCCCCCCGCGCCGCCGGCAGCCGAGACACCCAGGUAUGAAUCACGGUGUAAAACUUUAAAGCAGCUUGAUGUUACUCAGCAACCAGAACCGUCAGAAGAACUGAUAUUCAAUGGCUAGAAACAGAGCUGACAAGUGGCUGAAAUGAAUACGACUACUAUCCUACAAGAGAUUUUGAUUAAAAGAUCACAGCAGAAGAAGAGGACUUCUCCCUUAAACUACAAAGAGAGGCUUUUUGUACUUACAAAGUCUAUGCUAACAUACUACGAAGGUCGAGCGGAGAAAAAGUACAGAAAAGGAUCUGUGGAUAUUUCAAGGAUUAAAUGUGUAGAAGUUGUAAAAAGUGAUGGUAUUAUUCCCUGUCAAAAUAAAUAUCCAUUUCAGGUUGUAUAUGAUGCUAAUACGCUUUAUAUUUUUGCACCAAGUGCACAAAGCCGGGAUCAGUGGGUGAGGAACCUGAAAGAAGAAAUAAAGAACAACAGCAAUAUAAUGAUAAAAUAUCAUCCCAAAUUCUGGACAGAGGGAAUUUAUCAGUGCUGCAGGCAGACGGAAAAACUAGCACCCGGCUGUGAAAAAUACAAUCUUUUUGAAAACAGUGUGAUGAGAUUGCCCUCUCCAGUGCCAGAAAAAAGCAUGCGAAGGCCUCCACCACCUGUUCCUCCAGAAGAAAAUGGGAAUGAAGAGGAGGAGAUAGUGGUAGCAAUAUAUGACUUUGAGCCUACAGAACAUCAUGAUUUAAGAUUAGAGAAAGGUGAAGAAUAUACAGUGAUUGAGAAGAAUGACCUUCACUGGUGGAAGGCAAGAGACAAAUAUGGAAAACAAGGAUAUAUUCCAAGCAACUAUGUAACAGGAAAGAAGUCCAAUAAUCUUGAUCAAUAUGAGUGGUACAGCAGAAACCUGAACAGAAGCAAAGCAGAGCAGCUCCUCAGAAACGAGGAUAAAGAAGGUGGUUUUGUGGUGAGAGACUCAAGUCAGCCUGGCCUGUAUACAGUUUCCCUUUAUACAAAAUUUGGAGGAGAAGGUUCAUCUGGAAUAAGACACUACCACAUAAAAGAAACAGUGACGUCACCAAAGCAGUACUACCUCGCAGAAAAACAUCUCUUUAACUCCAUUCCAGAAAUAAUUGAUUAUCAUAAACAUAACGCAGCAGGUCUCGUUACCAGGCUGCGUUACCCAGUGACCCCAAAGAAGACGACAGCACCAACAACGGCAGGAUUCAGCUAUGAAAAAUGGGAAAUUAAUCCCUCAGAACUGACGUUCAUGAGAGAACUGGGGAGCGGUCUGUUUGGUGUGGUGCGCCUGGGGAAGUGGAGGGCACAGUAUAAAGUGGCCAUCAAAGCAAUUCGGGAAGGUGCGAUGUAUGAAGAGGAUUUCAUUGAAGAAGCUAAAGUAAUGAUGAAGCUAACGCAUCCUAAAUUAGUUCAGCUGUAUGGCGUGUGCACGCAACAGAGACCUAUUUACAUCGUGACAGAGUUCAUGGAGCACGGCUGCCUUCUCAAUUACCUGAGGAAAAAACGGGGAGUUUUGAGUAAAGACGUCCUGCUCACUAUGUGCCAAGAUGUAUGUGAGGGAAUGGAGUACCUGGAGAGAAACAGCUUUAUCCACAGAGACCUGGCUGCCAGGAACUGCUUGGUGAGUGACUCAGGAGUGGUCAAAGUAUCAGAUUUUGGAAUGACAAGGUAUGUCCUUGAUGAUCAAUAUACAAGUUCCUCAGGGGCUAAAUUUCCUGUGAAAUGGUGCCCCCCAGAAGUCUUUAAUUACAGCCGAUUCAGCAGCAAAUCAGAUGUGUGGUCAUUCGGUGUUUUAAUGUGGGAAGUAUUUACAGAAGGAAAAAUGCCCUUUGAAAAAAGCUCCAACUAUGAAGUAGUAACAAUGGUUAGCCAAGGACAUCGUUUGUAUCGGCCUAAACUAGCCUGUAAGCAGGUGUAUGAAAUUAUGAUGAUGUGCUGGCAGGAGAAACCAGAAGGACGCCCAACUUUUGAAGAGUUGCUUCACACGAUCAUUGACAUUGCAGAGGGUGAAGAUGCUUUCUGAAAAAAUACAGCGGCAGCACAAGUACAGGAAAGCAGCUACUUUCCAGAGAUGUGGCUUCACCAUUUCUUUCUGAAAGCUUGAUCUUGUCUGCUGCUGAGUGCUGCUGAAUAGUGUGGAGAACCUCCAACAUCUGAUCUACUCCAGUACAAUGAGAGUUUUUUACGUGAUGUUGGGAAAUAAGCAAAGUAUCUUCAGCAAUAGUAGCAGUCUCUGAAUUUUCUCUGGGAAGCCAGCAUAGCUGGGAAGUUGAGCUCUUUAUGGAGGAAGAGAGAGAAUGUGGCCAAAGCCCAGGAGCCUAAUUUGCAUUUAGUGGGUUGGGUUUGUGUACAUACAGUCCACGUUUCUGAGUUUCUCUUUACACAGGCAGUAGUAUUAAUAGUGAUUUGCAUGCUUAAAAAUUGAAAGUAUCUAUAAAUGGCUAUUUACUGACAUUGAAAUGUUUCCAGAGAUUCUCCAGAAAUGUUUUUCUCAGUUGAUGGGUGGCUUAUGUCACAUCAAGAACACAAAAUGUGCCUCUUUCAUUUGCACAGUAGGUUGUUAAAAGCAUAGUCUUCAGUUUAGUCUAACACUCAAAAGAACUUUGCUCCAGAAUGGAGCUGUGAUGUGCCUCACGCCAUUCUAGGCUGUUUGGUUAACCAGAGACCUCCCAUGGUUAGUCGUCUUGUUACUAAUGAAAAAUAAGUCCAAGAUUCAGCACAACUGGCUGUCAGUGUACCAUAAUACCUUGUUUUACAUUAAUUAUAAAAUAAUUUACAUGCUGUAUGUAUUGUAAAUAUAUAAAUUCCAUGCCUUUAUUUAUGUAAAGUGUGUUUUUUCUCUUGAAAUUUUCAAGCACAAGUUUGUCCUACCUUCAUUAACAUACGAACUAUAUACGUGAGGUUGUAAAUGAAAGAAAGUAAACUCUCAACUGUAUUUAAGAAGGGCUCUUCUUUCUGUCUGCCAUGUACAUACAGUGGUCUUUCUGUUCUUAACAGAAAAUGUCAUACUACACGUGUAUAUAAAUAAAAUGAAUGUUUGGAACCAA